AGGACCACCGUCGUGGAAAAGAGGUCCCCACCACAGCUACUGCUUAGUAGUGUCCAAAUUGGUUCUUCAGAACAAGGGUUCUGCUCGCAGUGUCGCGUCAUCGUACGAGAGCAGUGGAUCGAAGUCCGAUUUAUGAUGAAAAUUUGAUAUUGAGUUAGAAAGAAAAAGUGCGAGGACAAUUUCUCAAAACCUCUCUCGUCCUCUUCCGCUGCAUUCCAUUUCUGUUUUUUCGCCGAAACAAGGAAGGAACAAGAAGCGACCUAGCUAUCUUCAUCCAUUGAUAUCACAGUCUCACUGUAGUGGUCUUUCAGCGAACACCAAAACUGAACCUGUUUUCGACUACGACUCCUUGAUGACCCAAUCAAUUACCCAAGAACGUGCUUAGACCAACUUUGGCUACGGGAAAAAAGAACUUCGGAAUACAUUCGACGAUUACAAUAUAUUUGAAACACAUCGGCGAAAUAACACGACUGUUUGCUACAAAGUCGAUAAGUAUCCUCCUAGAAAUAGGCUGAGAACAAAAUGGGUGUGCCAACCUUCUUUCGCUGGCUGUGUACCCGGUACCCCAAGACCAUCCGGGACGCAGUGGAGAAGGAGCUGAUCGAGAAGGAUGGUCGUUUCGUGCCAAUCGACAUCAACGAGGAAAACCCGAUAUCCUGUGCAAAAGUAUCGCACUCGUAUUGCAAUCAUGCAUUACAAAUCUUUUUCUUAAACGUUAAUCAGCAUUACAAAUUUUAUUUCUCAUGCUGAGGAAAUUCGUAAUGCAUUUAUACGAGUGCGAUUGCGAUACUUUUGCAAUUCAUACCCGAACGGCGGGUUCGACUGUCUCUACCUGGAUAUGAACGCAAUCAUUCACCCUUGUUCCCACCCCGAGGAGGGAAAACCGCCAAAAAACGAGGGGGAGAUGUUUGAGUUGAUCUUCCUGUACAUCGACAGGUACAGAUGAAUUUACGAUAAUAUUAUGGUGAACAUUUCAUUAGUUGUGCUUGUGCGGUAGAACAAGCAUGGCGUAAUUAUUUGGUGGGACGAGGAGGAACACGAACAGUUACAUUACUAGAAUUUUUGCAAAAUUGCAAAACCUUGGACGUAAAAAUAAACGCCUCGCUUGUAAUAUUUUGCUACGGUCGUCGUGUAUGUCUUUGCACUAAAUGACGUGGCAAAAGAGAAAAAUCGCCAAACAUUGAUUCCGCAGGCCCGUGUGCGAAGGUAUUUUUUUCAAAAAAAAAAACAGGAUCAUCCGUAUCGUCCGACCCAACAAGCUGCUCUACAUGGCAGUCGACGGCUGCGCGCCGCGUGCCAAGAUGAACCAGCAACGGGCGCGUCGAUUUCGUGCGGCCCAGGAACGCGACGAACAGGCAGCGGAAAAGGAGAAGCUCAAAGCCGAGUGGGAGGCCGAAGGCAGGAAAUUGCCACCGAAACAGGCACUGGCAGCCGCGUUCGACUCGAAUGUUAUCACACCAGGUACAACUACUAGCGCGAAAGAUUAACAUAUGCGAAUGAUUUGUUCAUCUCUAUACCUUUUUUCCGUCGUGGAAUAGGAAGACGAGUUUUUUUUUUCCAUCACGCAACCAAGAACAUAGAAACAAUUAUGCCUUAUCAUCAUCACGACAUCUUCACAGGAACGAAGUUUAUGUGGGACCUGAACGAGGCUAUUAAGUACUACAUCCACGAGCGAACGAACUUCGAUCCUUUGUGGCAAAAACUCCGGUUCCGCGUGAUUCUGUCCGACUGCCAGAUUCCCGGGGAGGGAGAGCACAAGUUGAUGGACUUCAUCCGAAUUCAGCGGGCCCAGCCCGAGUACGACCCGAACACGCGGCACUGCAUCUACGGCGCGGACGCGGAUCUGAUCCACCUGGCGCUGGCCAGCCACGAAACGCACUUCCACAUCAUUCGUGAGGUGGUCUUGCCAAAAGAGGAGAAGAAGCAGGACCCCUGGGAGCAGUUCGAGGCCGAUGAGGAGGAGGCGGAGGAGGUCGCGAAGGCCAAGCCCUUCCAGUUCAUCAACAUCGGCGUGCUGCGCCAGUAUUUGUACUUCGAGUUCGAACCCCUCCGGGACAAGCUGCCCUUCCCGUACAACUUCGAGCGGUGCGUGGACGACUUCGUCUUCUUCUGUUUCUUCGUCGGGAACGAUUUUUUACCGCACUUGCCCUCCUUGAACAUCAGGGACGGCAGCAUCGACAUGAUGAUUCUGCUCUACCUGGAAACGCUCCCCAAACUCGGCGACUACCUGACCGACGCGGGGACCUUGAACCUGGAAACGACGGAGAAGUUUCUGGAGGACCUCGGGUCCGUCGAGGAUCAGGUGUUCAAAAACCGGCUCGCGCGGGAGGCCAAGCAGAAGCAGGAGUUCGACGAGGCGCGGGACGGGGGCAAGGGGCUGGAGGAACUGGAGAAAAACGUGGAGGACGACGAGGAGGAGGCGAAGAUCGAGCGGAUCAAGCGGGAAAAGCGCGACAAGGAACUGCAGGAGAAGAAGACCAAGGGCGAGUCCGCGAAGGGCAUGGCGGAGGGGAAGAAGAAGAAAAAAAUCGUCCGGAAAAAGAAGGGCAUCGAGGUGAAAAAGGAUGCGGACAAGAAGGAGGCCAGCGAAAAGAAGGACGAAAAAGCAUCGCCAAAGAAUUCGCCGAAGCAGGCCGCGAAGAAGGUCGACGUGACGGCGGCAGCGGAUCAGCUCGCCGCGCUCUUCGACAACGAGGCGGAAUCCAGUAUCCUAUGUAAAAACGUAUCCACCCCAUAGUCAAGAUGGGGAAUCGGCUAGACAAAUCCACAAGCUUUGGCUGUUUCGCAUGACAAAUUUGGACGCGUAGUGUAGUUGUGUUUGAGCUAGUUCAGCAGCAUUACAGAUCUAGUUUCUCAUGCUGAUUGGAGCAUGACAAAUUUCAAAACACCAUUAGAAAAUGCUUCUCAUGGGGCUCCGCAUGAGAAACAUUUUAAGCAUGCAGACUUGCGUGACAACUAUGGUGUGGGGACGUUUUUACACAGGAUAUGCAGUUCCGAAGAAGAAGUCGAAGUCACGGAUGACGAGGCCAGCGACGCCGAGAAGCCGAAAGAGAAACCCUCACCCAUGGCGAAGGUACUAGAGAAGAUUUUACCGUCUGCGUUUGCGUAUGAGGAUACAGAGACAGACCCCAAAUAACCCCAUGCAUAUAGUUAUAAUCUUAUCGAUUGGCAGCUCUUUAGUGCUUGGUUCAAGGUGGAGAUGUGUAUUUACUUUUAUCGGAACAGUGGUAGCAAGAGUCUUGAGUUUUGCAUAAGGCAGAAACAGAAAGCGGUUAACGACCGAGGACAUCGACUCUGGCGUCCUGUGAACAAGCGCAUGAAACAACUUUUUUCAAAAAUCACUCACAGCCCGUCGUGAACUCGAAGAGACGCGAGGAGAAGAUGGAAGAAGCGUUUUUGAAGCAGGUGAGAAAUCGUCUGAUAUCAAAAGGAAAAAUCCCCCCUCCCCAUAUCGAAAACGAAAUUUGUGAUGCUGUAUUUGAGUACGCAAGUCGACUUGUAAUGCUAGAAGGCCAAGAGACGCAGCUGUGGCCUCGGCUGCAGGCAAUUUGUCAUGCUGUUUCCCACUUCCAGCUGCCCCCUGUCAUGCUGAAGAUGCAAGGCUUUCCCACGCCAACCAGCACUACAGUCCGCAUCUUUUCCCUUCUAGCAUGACAAAGCUGAUUUGUGGCCACAAAUCUGCAUCGCAGUUUUCUAGUUUGAGUAUGGGGUGGGGGGAUUUUUCACUUUGAUAUCUGAACGACAAGAAGGAUUUCGGUCAGGCCAUGAAGGACACGAUCCGGCUCGGGGAGGGCGCGCACUGGAAGAGGCGGUACUACGCAGAGAAAUUCAAGGUCGAGCAAGAGGAUUUGGUCGAUUUUCUGCAGCGUAUCCGAAAGGCGUACAUCGAGGGAUUGUGCUGGGUACUGAAGAUAUUUUUUCUAUGCACCGAUACUGACUAUGAGUAUGACCAUGGCGAAUAGUACAGUACGACCCACAUCGACGUGGUUAUUGUGUGAAUUUGCGAUAGAAGCGGUUUCUUGUACUUAUAUUCAAAAUAAAUCUUGUAUGUAGAUAUGCACUCGAAGGUGAAGCUCUACCGAGCUACAAAAAAAAUCAGGUGUUGAAGUACUACUACCAGGGAGUGGUAUCCUGGACGUGGUUUUACCCGUACCACUACGCCCCGUUCGGGUCCGACUUGAUUGGUAUGAGCAGUUUGAAUAUGGAUUGUAAAAGUGUCUGGGUCUGGAAGGUUGGGACUUGUAAUGCUAGCUUUCCAUACCUAGAAAAUCUGUAUUGCAUAACCAACAAAAGUCGCAGCCUCUUUUGUCAUGCAAAAACGCAGUUUCUCAUGCGGAUUGCCUAUGAGAAAGCGUUUUAGGAAGUUGUCAUGCCGGACUGCAUUCGAAAGUGUUUUCAUCAUGCAUUUUUAGCAUCACAAGUUUCCAGACCCAGACAUUUUUACAUUUGAUAUUGAAGUGCAGCGACGAGAAGUAUUUCGCCCUGGGUAAGGGUUUCGAGCCCGUGCAGCAGCUAUCAAAUGCAAAAAUGUCUGGGUCUGGAAGAUUGGGGGAGUUUGUCAUGCAAAUUUUACAUGACCUGCGAUGUUGGUGAUGCAUGCCUUCGCAUUACAGAUUUUGUGAAGGCUUUCUCAUGCCUAUACUGCAUGAGAAAUGCCUUCUCAGAAUAGCAAAAAUCUGAGUGCCGUUUGCUGCUCAUGCAAUACAGGUUUUUGCAUCGUCGAAAGUUAGCAUCACAAAUUCCAUUCUUUCCAGACCCAGACAUUUUUGCAAUCCAUAACAGCUGAUGGCGGUGCUGCCGCCCGUGUCCGCGAAGGUGGCCGGGAUUCCGCAGGCGAUGAUGACCCUGAUGGAGGAGCACGACUCCCCCAUCGCGGACUUCUUUCCCACCGACUUCGGGCUCGACCUGAACGGGAAGCGGUUCGCGUGGCAGGGCGUGGUGCUGCUGCCCUUCAUCGACGAACCGCGGUUGCUGCGCAUCCUGGCGCCGAUGAUGACGCAGCUCCAGGGCGACGAAAAGAAGCGGAACAACCCCAGCAUAAACUGCCUCUUCGGCCACGUAUCCGAUCUCAAAAAGAAGGUGCCACCAAAGGGAUCAACAAACAAAAGGCUACUCAGGGACGCGUUUCUGUUCGGGUAUAGUCAAGUGCUUAUGUUGUUUGCAUUGAAAGUUUGGAUUUGCUAUGGCAGAAGAAGUGUACUGACGUACUAUGUUCUACUUCGUAGUCUGACUUCGAUGUAGUUCUCUCCUUUUUAAAAGCGAGAUCAUCGCUGAGCUAAUAUACCGACGAAAACUUAAUUCGUUUCGUUGCGAUUCGAACUCGGCCUGAUUUUCCUCAGCGUGGUGACGCAGUAAAAACUCUACUGCUUACACUUCUACCUCCCCCCAUAAUUUCGACGCCCAGAAAAAAAUGAACACGCAAAAUCAUGCAGGUUCGUCCAGGGCCAGUUUGGCACCGGCGAAGAGAUUCCAUCGCCCAUCGAGGGUCUGGCGGAGGUGGACGAGUCAGAGUGCGUGGAAACCAAGUACUACUUCCCGGACCGUGUGACGCAUUCCAUCGAGCUGUUGGAGAACGCGACGUUUGAACCCCAGGUGGUGGACCAGUCCGACCUCGACGACAUGCAGCGGCUCAAGGGGUUUGGCGGCAUGACCGCGAAGAAGGUUAUCCAGCAAGCCCUCGGCCUGUUCAAGGGCAAGUCCGGGAAGAAGGGCGGCAAAAAGGGCGGCGGCAAGAAGGGCGACAAGGGCGGGGGCAAGAAGGGAAAAGGCAAGAUGGCCAUGCCGCAAGCCGACCAGGGGCCCCGUCGACCCCCCGCCAGAUCCGGACCGUACUAAGCGUGAUGGGAAAUAUAUAAAACUUCUUCGAGAAAUGGAUCUUUUUUCUUUGUGCGGUCGCGCUGAACCGAGUUUGAAGUUUGACUGCGCGUUCGUGCUUUGUUCCCAUGUUUUAACAUAAUUGGUGACGAAGAUAGAAGAAUCCAUUACUGCGGACACGAUAAGAAUCCGUCUUCCACCCGCUCUUCCCGUGUGCAUUGGAACUUCCUUGGAAGUACUAGUAGAUCGUGGUUGGCGAAGUCCAUCGCGGAAACAGACCAAGAUACUUACUUACCAAAGAAAUCAUGAUCACCCACAACGAAAGCGUAAACUCAAAAUCCAUUAACCUAAAGAUGACAAAAGUACGUACUGAAAUUGUGAAGCCAUGAAGCUGCGGGUCUCAUCAACCAGGAGCAGCGAAAUCGUGAAUGGUAAAAAUAAGCGGUUGAUGUACAAGCAGCAUCCUGAUGUCGAGAGACCAAAAUGAAACCUCGUGUCGUCCCGAAUGGAUACUUGCUGUGCAACUACUCUACUGUGAAGGAGACUUUUUAAAAGCGUCUGAGUAGAAAAGCAAAAUAAGGCAU